CAGUCACCGGACACAUCGGCUAACGCCCUUGAUUAAUGAUUCCCGGUAAACCGGCUACCUAGUAAUCCUCUUCCAGUGCUCUUUCCAAACCAGUGAUGCUGGGUAUAAAAUGGGAUAUACUCUCUGUUAUAUCCUUUUCCCUUACUCCCAUCGGAUUGUUCGCCGCAAGUUAGGUUUCGUCGACUCUAUCUGUCAUUCAUCACCGUCGUACUGUCCAACGAUGUCAUCUCGCACUGUCACCACUGCUUCGACCUCGAAAUCCAGUGACAAGGGUAGGUCUGCAGUCGUAGUUCCACGUCCAUCAGCGAGUCUAGUAGUCGUAAAUGGUCAGAAUGAAGUGUUGUUAGUGCAGAGGAAUCCUCGAGCUGUUGCUUUUGGUGGGGUUACGGUAUUCCCAGGAGGGAACUACGAUCGAACCCAAGAUGACUCGUUCGAAAUAACCGCUAUACGAGAAACAUUCGAAGAAUCAGGGCUCCUCAUGGCUUCCCCUACCACGCCCGGUGGUGCGCUCCCAACGGACUCGGUACUUGACGAAGCUAGACACGCAAUCCAUAGCCAGAAGAUGAGGUUUAGAGAGUUUUUAGAUCAGCACGGGCUGAAGCCCGACACGGAUUCGUUAAUGCCUUUUACUCAGUGGAUUACACCUGUCGGUCCGCCGAGACGGUUCCACACGAGAUUCUACGUGUCAUUCCUCCCUUCCGCGUCGUCUUCGGGAUUCACGUCUGGAGAUAAACAAGCGCGAUUACCCAAACCAGAUGGCGGCAAAGAAGUUAUCACAGCCCGCUUUCUCCAUCCGAAAGCUGCUAUUGCCGAAUUUGACUCGCAAAAAAUCACGUUCAUGCCUCCUCAAUACUACAUCCUCCACACACUCGCUUCCAUUCUUAAAGGCUCCGUCAACACCCCAGAACAACGCGCUAAAGUCCGAGAACUGGCGUAUGGAAAGUUUGGUAGGAUGGUGAUCAACCCGCGGCGUCUGAAAGGAGCUGAAGAAGCUGCCGGACUCGCCGUUUUGACGUACGAAGGCGAUGAGACGAGGGGCGGGUCUCCAGGGAGGAGACAUAGGGCGACUAUUUUUGCUCGGCAGGGUGGUAUCACGGAGAAGAUCGUGUUAGAACGAAACUUCGAUAUUUAUACUGAGAUUGAGGAGAACGCUUUCUUACAACGUCAGGGUUCGGCAGUGGCAUCCAAAUUGUAGAUUUGUACGACAGCAUAGACUCAGUUAAUUAUACUAAUAUAUCCGGAUUUUGGAUGAUCGGG